AUGGGCCUCACAUUACCACAGCGCCUUGACUUGGACAGACUCUGCAAGGAGUAUAACAUCGUCUUUAUUGAUGAGCUCCCGCCUAAUAUACGCCCGGUUGAGCUUGGCCCCGUCUUCAACGCUAUUGACGAUAUCAAGCGUAUCACGUUCAUGUCAUAUCGAAACACGGGAAAUGGCCAAAGUCCCCUGGGUGCUGCUCUUAGGCAUGCAGAACUCAAGGCGCGAACCUACAACCUUGUGGAAGCCGCCCGAGACUGCGUGGCUAGGAUUGAGGAAACGUGGAGGCUUGAUUGUGAGCCUCUUGCGCUUCAACGGCUGAGGUCUGAUGCCACCUGUGUGGGCUGUCGACAAAGCGUACAGCGGCCUGAGAUUGAAGAGAUUUUGGCCAGUACAGCCUUCAUGGAUGAGAGGCUUCAGCGCCUUCAAGGAGAGGGUGAUCGGUGCUCUUGUCCUCCAUUCACACGGGCGAUUGACGCAAAUAGGAGAGCCGGCCCUCAGCGCAUAUUUAUAGGCCGAGCAUCCGAGCAAGUCAUUCAUGCCCCCUCGGUGGCAGAGCGGCUCCCCCGGAAAUCGCGUCCAGAUCGUGUUUAUGGACUCCGGCAAACGCCAGACCUCACACAGGCUUUCCUGGGUAACCCUCACAUGCAGAGUCUCUUCGCAAGUACGGCGCAUUCGCCCAUUGGCAAGCCGCUGCUGUUUCCAUUUCUCGUCGUCGAAGCCAAAGGGAGCAAGGCCAGCGACGACUGGCAGUCCAUCUGUCUGCAGACUGCAUUCCCCAUUUACACCUUUCUCAGCUUACAGCAGAACCUGAAAGCUGCAGUUCCGCAGCCAACCCGACUGACUUCUACCCCUCUGGUCUGGUUUAUCAUGAGUCGAGGCGAGGACUGGAGGGUGUAUUUGGCAUAUAAUACCACGACUUGUGGUGGGUCCCUACACGCGGAUGCCACGCACGUCGUUCGAGUGUGGACGGGCAGCAUCACAAACCUAGACAGCGCGCUGCAACUGCUUCUUAUCGUCGAAUACCUCACUGACUGGGCGCGAGACGUCUACCGGGCUGCUGUGCUCGCAGACGUAGAAAGCCUUGCCGCUCCUGGCAUCAAACCAGAACCCCGGGAAUCCACCAUGUCGCCGGAGCCCGCCUGACCAGUUUAAUAAUCAGCUCCGCUGCCCACGAGGAGGUUAUUAGGGCUAAGCGACAAUCCAGCCAUAGCAAUCCUACCAAGCAGUUUUUGGACUCGCUGUCUGCCAUAGCCCUCAUAUGGAGAUUUACAGAGACUCUUGGCUGGUUACCAGGAUCUGAAAAACUACUCAGAUUUAUUUUGGAAAGGGCUGAUGUUGCAUGACUGGCGUGUCACCCCAGAUAUAUUUUCUUUUCUCAUAUAUUCUUGCGAAUUUACCAC